AGCUGCUGUUUGAGCAGAUACAACAUCUUCGACUCAACAGUUCUAUUUGUGGAAAGAAGAAGUAGAAACAAGGCUGUUUCUGCAUACUUCAGGGGACCUACCGUUUCUUGUCAGUCUACGAGUCCUAUGAACUGUGUCACACACUGUGACCCCACCCCUCCAUGCUCAGUGUCAAAACUCCCCCAAAAUAUUUCCUUCUCACACACGCUCAAGAGAGCAGCUACUGUGUGAAUCAUGAUUGUGAAUGGCAGAAGACUGUGGGUGUGAGGUUACGAAGGCUCCGUCUUGGUUUCAGUCUUUCAGACAGACCCAGGCGAAAUGGCUGGUCGUAAAGCUCAGCUGGAUUUUUCAGACUCUAAAUGUUCUUCAUGUGCAAGCCAUUCAUAUUAUAUCAUCCUGGGUCUGAUUCUUGUUUACUACGCUACACUCUCCAUGCAUUCUCAAGUAACUUCAGAGAGCUGCAAGCCAAACGAGACUUCUUCCAAAUACCAGCAUUGUGGACUUCACCCAGAUGGAGUCCGUGAUUUGGACUGUUUUACCAAAAAUACAUGGUCCAAAUUAAGAUGUAUGUGGAAACCUGGAAAACACGCAUCCAAAAAUACACAUACACUUGUAAUACAACAAAAAAAACCAAAAAACUAUUAUUGCAAAAUUUAUAAAAACAUCACAAAAUUUUCUGAAGACAUCAGGUUCUUUAAAAGCCACAGUGUGACCAUUCAGAUUUUUGAAAACAGUGAGUCAAAAAACUGCACCCAGGCAGUUUUUCAAGGUUCACCGGAGAGCCUGCAGCGAUGUGACCCUCCAAAUUAUGUGAAAUUCACACGGCACUCUGGGAAACUGGACAUAAAUGUGAGCUGGGAUCAGAACGAUGUCAAGCAUAUCAUGUCUUACUCUGCCAGAUACAAAGCACUGGGAAGCCUUCAAUGGAAUGAGUCACCUGUAAUAUCCCAGAAUAAAACGAAAAGCAGAGUGGAGAAUCUGAACUCCUCAGUGGCCUACGUUUUACAGAUACACUGCAUCGCCAAUACUAAAUGUACACAGUGCCCAUGGAGUGAACCAUACACUGUGCUAUCAGAGCUGACAUCACAGCCUGUCAUCGUCAACUUUGAAGAAACCGACGUCCCCAAUGAAAAUGGUACUCGCCUUGUUUCAAUAACCUGGAAGGUUUCUGCCAGAGACCUGCAUGAUGGCUACAAUGUGACCAUUGGGAAAGAGUCAGGAGAGGCCCCAAUUGAGCAGAUCAACACCACUCAGCCCAGCAUCACACUGAUUCUCUCCUACUCAGCUUAUCGUGUGAGCAUCAGGUCUUUCAACAACGUCAGCAUCUCUCCAGCUGUGAGCCAAAUAAUACCCCUGCGUGAAGACAUGGACAGUAUGGGAGACGAUAAGCUCAACGUGACAGUCCACAAUAACAUAUCCUUCAAAAUCUACUGGACAGAUUCCCUUCGCAAAAAAUAUGUGUGCUAUUGUGCGGAGUGGAGGGAAGAGAAGACUAAAACAGCGUACAAGUCCUUUUACCUUAAAGGCAAAAACUACUAUACUUUCUCUCCUUUAAAAGAACCCUUGAAGCCUUACAAGAGAUACACCCUCAGUCUGCACGUGCGACCGAACAAGGACACCUGCAACAUGAAGCAUCUUAACAACAGCGAAAGAACGUUUGCAAGCACAACGUUUUAUUUCAUGGAAAGCACUCCUGUGAGUGGUCCCGCGAACAUCAGCAUUUACAAUUUGACACAGAAUUCAAUGGUGCUGCAGUGGUCAUCCAUCCCAGAAGAAGACACCAGAGGUUUUCUACUGGGUUACACAAUCCACUACAGUGAAUACCACCUGUGGGGAACAGAAUCUGAGAAGAAUAUUACAGUGGAUCCAAAUUUGAACAAGUACGAACUAAACGAUCUUACAAGCGGCACAACAUACCAAGUCGAGAUAUCAGGUUUUACCUCUAAAGGAACAGGAAAACGAAGUGCACCCAACUAUUUUAAAACGACUCAAGAAGGAAGUUUUAGAUACACUAGUAUUAUUGUAGUCGCUGCAGUUGUGGCCACUGUGCUGAUAUUUGGACCACCAAUAAUAAAAAGAGCAAAAGUUGUCCUCUGGCCAAGCAUACCUAAUCCCGGAAAGAGCAAUACAAUGCAGAAAAUAGACAGGCCCUGUGAACUGGAACUCCUUGAGGCAAUCAAUACUCUGAAGGCUGAAGAAUGGGAAACAAAAAGUCUCCAGAUAAUUGAGAAAGAAGCUGUUGCCCCUGCCACGAUAUUGCCAGCAAUGCUACCGCUUCUUUGUGGCUUAGACAAACGGGGAGAUUCACCGGGAAUUACUUGUAACUGGAUCCAAACAGAAACAGAUGAUGCAACUGGCGAGAUAUCUCCCAACAAUACUACAGACACAUUGUUGGAAACCCAGCAGACAGACCUACAAAGUUUUCCUUUUCCCUUUCCAAGUGGCUAUACCACGAUGGAAAUGUUUCAGCAGGUAAUGCCACAGAGCAUCACUGCCAUUACUCAAGACAUGGAAAGUGACCCAGAGGACACAGACCUGACUGUAUUCAACCCUAAGCCAGGACUGGAAUAUGUAAGACAAUUUAGCACCAGUCCAGCCUCGGACAGCGACCACUUGUCCACGAUUUUGUGAUAAAGGUCAAACUGCGGAGCAUAAAGAGGAAAAAUCACUACGUGAACAAGUUAGUCUAAAAGGCUAGUAGUAAGAGCUGCUGCCCCUGACUGUUUCUGCUGUGGCUUAUGAAGAACAACAAUUCAGAUUACCAACAACAUGGAUUCAUUAGGCUAAUAAAAUCAGCAGAAUUACCAAGACAGUGUUUACAUCACAUUUAUGUAAAAAACUUAACCAAAAGAAUGGCAUACCAAUUGUUAGAAUUGGAGUAAAAAGACAAAACAUCCUCCCAAAAAGUGCACUUAACCAUUACCACAGUCCGUGAAUACGUCUCUGAAUACUCUGUCUGAAACUGCUUUGUGCAUAGCUGGUCUGUGAACAUACAGUAUUAUCCUGUCAUAAUAAAAUUGAUGAGAUCUGGAAAGGGUUCUGAGGCCUGCAGAAUUUAAACUUAGAAUAACUUUUGUAUCUUUGCUGAAGCUGUGCUAAAUAUUUAUUAUAAAUAAUAUAACACAUUUAAAUGAUAUGAUAAGAACACUGCAUUGAAAACAAGUAUAUCACCAGGUGGAGUUUCCCCUUUAAAAUUUAGUAAAGUACCUAAAAAAGCUCAAAGGUGUUUUGGAUACUGCAAACACAACAAGCACCUAAUUCUGAUCCCUACUGUAAAUGAGUAAAUAAAUGACUGCAAAUGACAACUAAAAAAAAUAUGUGAAAAAUUGGCGCAUAUAUCAGAAUAUUGGAUUUGUAAAUCACCAAAUAUCAGUAUUUGUCUUAUGUUGUAGUUAUGACAUAUAUACAUACAUAUACAUAUAUAUUUUGGCACUGUACUACUACUACCGGCCUCAGUAGUUGGAGAAGACAACUCCCUUUGCAGGUGCUGAUAACACCAAGGACACAAAACAGCAUAUCCAUUGUUCCAGUAGGUUUCACAGUGAACCUCGUGAUGUGUGGUAUGAUCGGUUUGUGACUUCCUCCCUCUUCCUUGGAAUGCAUAAAGGAGUGGGAGCACCACCAUUGUGUUUCAGAGCUUUCAUGACUGUAGAACUGUAAUGUUUGAUGUGUGUUUGCUCUCCUGCGUGCAGUAAUUAAAAUAGCUUGGCCACAGCUGA